AGAUGUGAAAGACAUCUCGUAUGUCAUCAAUUACGACAUGCCAAAUCAGAUCGAAGACUACAUCCAUCGUAUCGGACGAACAGGCCGUGCUGGUCGCAAAGGCACAGCCUACAGCUACUUCACACCUGAGCAAAGCAAACUCGCUCGUGAUCUUGCCAAGAUUCUGGCAGAUGCAAAGCAGAACGUCCCGCCUGAGCUCGCUCAGAUGUCAAUGUACGGCGGCGGCGGUGGUGGCGGUCGUGGCCGUGGCGGCGGUCGAGGUGGCGGCGGUGGCGGUUAUGGCUACGCUGGUCCGACUGGCUCGAAUGGAUACGGAGGUGGCCCGUCCGGCGGAGGUUACGGUGGUCGCUACUGAGCAGCGCUCGCUCCGCACUACCCAUAGAGAUGUCUUAUCACACCAUGUUGUCU